AUGUCCAAAUUGUCGCCAGCCCUCAAAGCCCUGAUCAACGCGCCCAAUGCGCGACCAGGCACAAUCCCAGCUCCGGCGCAGAUAGCGUCUGUAUAUGCGAGUAUAGCGAAAGAAGCCGGGCCAAAGAAUGUUGGUUUGAAAGCUUGGUUUAGCGCUGCUUCUGCAGCAACAAUGACAAUGAACUCACCCGAGUCACUGGUCCGAUUACACGAACUAGUCUCGGAAUCCAAAUCCAAAGAAGAGAGCGUCUAUCUCGCAGAAUUGAUUCGGGAGAUUGGACUAAAAUGUAUUGGAUUUAACGGUAUUCCACGAACAAUAAAUUGCCUCGGCGAAUUCCGCGCGGGUCUUCCCAACGACAUCAAAGAUGCCCUUGCCACACAGCCACGGCGUAACCUAACGCCAGAAGUCAUCCCGGACAUUUUGAACCGGGGCCACUCUUUAUGGAAGUCAAUCUACUAUCCGUUUGAGUCUAAGCUUCAACAGAAAUUAGCGCUGUCGCAUCCUGAUUUACCAGUGCAUAUUAUUGAGAGUGAAUAUGGGAAUCUAUUUGCUGACCCAACCUCUCCGACAGAAGGCGUAGUACCAGCUACUGUGGGGAGAGUGUUGACGUCUAUUGUGGCUAUAGCAUGUCUUCGUGCGCAGACUGGUGUUGGGCCGCAGGUGAUUUCGCAUGUGUUUGGGCUACGGAAAGCGUUUGAGGACGGGAGUGCGGAGUCAGACGCUGAGAUUCAGGGAGGAGAGUGGUUGGCGUCGGACGAAGGGAGUGUUUGGUUGAUUGAGAUUGUGGAUCGGAUUGUAGAGAGCAUUGGUGGUGAAUUAGGGGGAACUAGUUUCGCGCCGGGGUUGAGGGCGAAGUUAUAA